AUGAGAUCGAAUGGAAUAUCACACCAUGAAGAAGAACUGAGUAAGCCAACCUUUGGGGAGAAAUUCGGGCGUUCUUCAAAGGAAUCAGACUUGAAUUUGACAUCAGAUAUGGGAAAGGGACAUCAUCGAAAUCAUCAAGAGAAAUCUAAUUUAAACCAGGAAUUCCCAGCUGAUCUACGACCACUAGGGUUUAAAAGACAUGCAGAUCCAGAACUCUCCAAAACUCCAAAGCAACCACCAGCAUCGUUAGCCAAGGUUAGAGAGAGACUGGUCAAGAACGGAGGAUCGAAUGGUGCAGCUAAUGCAGGAACGACGGAAAAUAUAAUCAGAGGUGUGUUGGGGUUAAUUGAUAGAGAUCAAUUCGAGGAGUAUUUGAAAAAUCCUCCUUAUAUCAAAUUGAUGAAAAAGGGUAAAAACUUAAAACAGUUUAGAAGGUUAUUCUUGGCGCAAGAAUUGAGAAUUCAAGGUGAAAAUGUAAAUGGGACUGUGCCGACGAAAGGUGAACAAUCAGAUUCAAAAGCGAUCUGGGUUAAUAAAUUUAGUGUCAACGGGAAAUAUAUGGCGGCUGGUAGUAAAGAUGGAUCUAUAUGGAUCUGGAAAGUUUUGAGUAGCCCCGUUGAAAGGUGGGAAAUGGAUUACAAAGAGGAAAUCCAUGCAGCAGUCAAGAGGAAGACGUCAAUUCUCCAGCAACACCACAAUUCUAAUCUGCCAUCUAAUGGAUCUUCUUCCAAUUUGUCUAAAAAGGGUCAAAAAUUAGCUGAAAAAAACGGAAAGGAGACUGAAAAACUGUCUGAAAAAUUGUCCGCCACUAACUUGUAUGCUCCAGUUUUCAAACCUCAGCCUUAUAGAAUCUACAGAGAACAUGGAAGUAGUGUUCUUGAUUUGGAUUGGUCCCAGAAUGGAUUCUUAGUGUCUGCGUCAAUGGACAAAGCAGUGAAACUUUGGCAUGUUGAACGUGAACAAUCUUUAAAGACAUUUCUUCAUCCAGAUUUCGUCACUUGCAUCAAGUUUUACCCUCUAGAUGAUAGAUUCUUCGUGAGCGGUUGUUUAGAUCAUAAAUGUCGAAUGUGGUCCAUUUUAGACGACGAAGUUAUAUUUGAAUUCGAUUGUGAAGAUCUGAUCACUUCGAUGGUUCUUACACCGGAAACUGGUGAUUAUACUAUCCUCGGUACAUUUAAUGGUUACAUUUACAUCUUAGAGACCUAUGGUUUACGUUUAGUGUCGUCUUUUCACGUCAAAGAUAAGGAAACCCAAAACCAUCAUGUUUCCCAAGGGUUAUCGCCAGGUUCUAAACAUCAUCAUGGUCCGAGAGUCACGUAUUUACAAUAUUUUAAAUCUCCUAAUGAUGAAUCUUCAAAAUUGAUGACUGUUUCUAACGAUUCUCGUGUACGAAUUUUUGACCUGAAGACUAAGAAGUGCGUGGAGAUAUUAAGAGGUUUUGAAUCCGGUGCAUCUCAACAUAGUGCCCAAUUGGUCACUUCGAGUAGUCAAGCAAUUGUCGUAUCUGGAAGUAAUGAUCAUUGGGUAUACGGUUGGAAGUUACAAUCAGCAAGUAUUCCAAGCGAUAAAUUACAAAGAAACGCUACUUCAAAACGUAGUGGAUCCAUAAAAAGAUCGGGUUCACUCAGAAAUUUACUCAACAAGAACAAAAGUAAGACAGUGCCUGAAUCAUCGGGGACUGAUUUUAAGAAUGAUAAUAAUGGUCGUCAUAACCAUCGCACUCAUAAUCCAUUAAACUUGAAAAACAUCAUUAAGCAUGGUCAUAAUAAUGGUUCCGACCAAUACAUUAAAAAUAACUAUUCCAUUUCAUUUCAUGCACACCAUUCUCCUGUUACUACUGCUAACCUCGCACCACCAGAAACAUCGAAAGCAUUGUCACUUUCUAACGAUUUAAUUUGUGAAUUGUCAUCAUUAUUGUAUAAGAAUGAUGAUGAGUUAGGCCUUGUGGGAAUUUCUAAAAAUCUCCAAAAGUCCAGUAAUGAUACUUCUGAUGACUCAGAUGUGGAACCAACUGAUUGGGAUAGCAGCAUUAAUUUACCUAAUGACCGUGUCGUGCCCAGCUCAAUAGAUGCUAUUGGGACCAUUUUGAUCACAACAGAUACGACUGGUCUCAUUAGAAUUUUCAGAGCCGAUAUGCCAUCUGCUAUCCGUCGUAGAGUAUUGAACAGAUUGGAAAACCCACCCCAAAAUGAAAACCCUCACAAAAAUAAAUCUGGUAGCACAGAUUCACUAACAAGCAUACAGAAUGUGGCUAGGUCAAAUAGUCUUAAUGGCGGGAUUAACGGGUUGAGUUCACCACAAACAGCUAACGGUCACAAUUCAAGCACAUUUUCACCUCAAAGUGCAAGCGAUUCCUUUAACCAACCCCGACCACCUUUAAGAAACCGUAGAUCAUGUUCAGUUUUUCGUAAUGCUUUACUGAGUCAAUCCAACACUAGCAUCGCUUCGCUUAAAAGAAGCAGUUUGAGUUCUAACCCUGGAGAAGGUGAUAGAGGGAGAUCGAACAGUUCUGUGGGGCACAGGCUCCGUUGUGAUGUUUGCGGUGGUACAAAGUUUAAUCUACUGUCUCGCGGAUCCUUUUCAGGUCGUGAAAAUGGUUACUACUGUACAGAUUGCAGUACCAUGAAUAAUAGCUUUCGGUGA